UGUUAUUGUUUAGAAGUUUGGAAAUAAAUUUUUUUUGCUUUUUUGUUUUGGGAAUCAUUAAAAUAAAUUGUAUGGAAAUGUCGGAGGAUAUUCCUUGUAAAAAAUCAAGAGUCGAAGAACGUGAUGAAGAAUUAAUAUCAGAAGAAAAACAAGAAAAUAGUACAAGUUCUACGGCACAAAAUAAGGAGGCCAAUUCCACGUCGGUAGCUGUACAACAACAACCAAGACCUAAGUUGACAUUUAAAAAUCCUAAAUUUAGUUAUAUUGAACCUGGCGGUAAGAAAUUUGUAUGGAAAUCUCUGAAACAAAUAGUAACACAGGAAAAAUCUUUGCCUUGGCCGGAGGAAGUUGUUUUAUAUAAUUCCCUUAAUGCUCCGCCCUCGUUGAAACCUGCUAAAAAAUAUUCUGAUAUUUCCGGCUUAGAAGCACCAUACACCGAUCCACAAACUAAGCUGCACUAUCAUAAUGCUGAAGAGUUUCGCAUUAUAAGAACUUUGCCCUCGGAUAUUAUACAAGGUUAUUUAGCCUUAAGAGGAGCCACGAAUAUUGUGGGCUAAUAAUUCUUGUUUUAAAGUUAUACAAAUUUUGUUUAUUAAAAUGAUUCAUUCGAAAUCGCUAUAACAAUAUACAUAAGUUUUUAAUUGUAUUGUUUAUAUUAUAAGGUAAAAUAUAAGAGUACGUGUUUUAAAGCAAAUAACUAAAA